UAUAUAACUUAUACGACAGGGCGUUUUAACUUGACCUUGGAACGUAUCAGUGGGACAUGGCUUAUAACAGGGUCAGUAGCAAAUGAUACGUGGAUAAUAGAUCAUUUUCUCAUAUCAGGAUCAUUUAAAAAUCUAAUUAUAUACGUGGAUAAUUUGUUUGAAGGAAAUCGAGAAAUAAAUGAUGUCAUCAAUACGUUCGUAAAUGAAUACUGGCCACCGUUAGCUCGAGUGGCAAUGCCAGUAGCGGUUAAGAAAUGGGACACUUAUUUGACUGACUUACUCAAUCGAUUAUUCUCCAAGUUAUCCUUCUCUAAAAUAUUCCCAUAAGGUUCUAAUAUUUAAUUAAACAUU